AUGUCUAAGACAUUAACCAAUAAUGAGAUGGAAGUGUUGGAUGUGUUGCGCGAAGACAACCAAAGACUGGUUAAAGAAUUGUCAUUUAAGAGACAAUUAUCUGAUUGAGUGAAUGCAAUGAAGUUUUGGCAACUAUUAAGACGCAAAUUACCGCAACUGAUCUCCAGCGUCGACACGAAGACACACCGGAGACCACUGCUGUCCUGCGAUAUGAAUGCCAACACAACUGGUGGUCAUGUGAUGGCCACCGAUGCUAUCAAAACCAAUAGCGAUAUCAUUGAAUCCAAUGUCUUCAUUGACUCGAGUGUUAAACCCAACACUUAUCCAAUAGUUUCCGCAAAUAUGACACAAGAGAUGGACAAACCGUUGACAACAUCGCAAGAGACCAGUCAUAUAAUCGACGGCACGGACUCUAAUGACACGGCAGUCAAUGCGUCAACCGUUCAAUUAAUGGGCGGGACUUUUGCCGACCAGCCGUUGACUUCCGACUCUCGAUCCACGGCUUGCGAGACAGACAACGGAUCGUACGUGAGUCCGGUCGAGCGUAUGACCGAUUUGGUGGACAAUAUUGGCAGCAAAUAUUGCCGACGGCUUAAUUUGCCAGCAGUGGCCAAAGAAAUUUAUCAGUGUUUGCACACCGGCUGUGACCGUUGGUUCGCAUCGAGACAUUAUCUUCAUAAACACACGGCUAGUGCUCACCCGCAGUGUCCGCCCCAGAGUCGGACCGAUUUGGGCGAACAUAUUGGAGCCGAAGUUCACUGCAUGAGUGCACCGAUGCUGCGUUCGUGCGGCCAUAGCGUUGGGAUCAAUUGCCAGUGUCUGUCAUCACCACCACAACAGACAUUCAGUCUUCCAGUACGCGAAGCAACGCCGGUGUCAGUACGAGUUGAGCGGAAUAGGGGGUCAGACACUGACCAACGGCUAGCAGCCGACCGGUUGCCAGUGUAUGUUUGCCAUGAGCCCGGAUGUGACUAUAAAACCAAUGGUAAGCAUGGGUUAGUCAUCCACAGCCAUGGCGUACCCGAAGCCAAAUCACACAAUAAGAUAAUCCGCGCUAAGACAUGGACACCGGAAAUAGGUUUAAAAAUACACAACGAUUUGCGUCACACGAGGACACGGAAUGGUCAGCUCAAGAGGUAUAGAUGUCUUAACGUGGACUGUAGGCGUCGGUUCGUAUCGCUGGACAAACUACACGACCACGCGGUCAGUGUUCACCAGCAGCGGCGGUAUCGGUACCCUUACGACAGGUGCGGCCGAUCGUACGCCACCACAGAUGGCCUAAGGGUUCACACAGUUGUCUGUCACCCAAAGCCCAGCGCCCGUACUAUUGGUAGCGAUUUGUUAGACACGGACUUCGGUCGUCACAACACCGCCAACAGUGGCCGCCAUUUAUCACACGAUAAGAUCAUCGGCGCGAAGACGAGGUCACCCGAAGGGUGUCUGUCGCCCAGCGAUAUGUGUGGCCAACAGUUGGCCACCUAUUACAACGACGACAGCGACGAUACCAUUGAACCCAAUCCCGUCAUUGACUUGAAUCCCACUGAAAGUGGUAAACAAAACACAAUAGUUUCCGCAGACAAUGGCCUCGAAGUCCUGCCAUUGAUCGGUGACGACGGGACACAAGCGGCGGAUAAUCAGUUUAAAACUAAACAAGAGAUCAUUGAUAUACUGGACGACAGCGACAGCGAAGACACGGCCGCAACACCAGUCACUCAAUCGCUGCCCACAACAGCAAUCACUCCAAUGGUUCCAACGGCUAAUGUCCACCACUACGGGAGUGCGGCCGCUGUCACUGUUAAUCAAACGGCUGAUAUUUGUCUAUCAAACUCGUUAAUAACUCAGCUGUUGAACAAACCCACUCGUAAUUCAUUGGACACAAACGGCACAUCUCAAGCCACGGCACCGGCAACUGAUCCCGAAGUCUAUCUGUGUCUCGAAUGCCGCAAAACAUUUACCACAAAACAUGGUUUACAGACACACAACGGUAUGUUUCACCGGAAACCUGUGGAUCAGUUGCACGCGUCCGGUGAUCAACAGUCGGCGGCUCCGGUGAGUCCGGUCGAGGGCUGCGGUCAGCGAUUUAUGUUUGGCAGCGAAAUCAAGUCUCAUAUGGCGUACCGACACUCGUCUGACCGGCCGUUUGCGUGCGGUUACCCCACCUGUGGCUACACGUGUAAAACCAAAGCAAUGUUACGCAGCCAUAAAGUCCGUCACACCGAGCGUGGCCUCGACUACCGGUGCUCGUGGCCGGGCUGUGACCGCGCGUAUCAAUCCAAAAGUAGUUUGCGCGGCCACUUUAAAAUGACUCACGCGGCCGACCAGUUGCCGGUGUAUGCGUGCCAUUGGCCCGGAUGUGACUUUAAGACCAAAGAUAAGAAAACGUUAAAAGUGCACCAAUUGGUCCACAGCUCGGACAGGCCCUACGCGUGCGAAUGGCCCGGUUGUGACUAUAGGGGCAAAUGCAAAAGAACGAUUAGACAGCAUUUGAUAACCCACAGCACCGACCGGUCACUGGCCUGUGAUUGGCCCGAAUGCGGCAAAACGUUUAAACGAACGCAACUCCUUAAAGAACACCAAUUGGUUCACUCGGGACCGCAGAUACCGUGCGAUCGCAAGGGCUGUGCCUUUAAAACUAAACAUAUGUCGGCGCUUAAAAAACACAAUCGACUCAUACAUAAAAGCGAUUAA